UGUAUCUCUCUUAAAACAAAACUAACGAAACCAGCAACGCCAAUCAAACACGGCAGCUACAGUGUUUGUAACCAGCCAGAGAACUGGUGUAGUAGUACCGCAGUGUGCUUUGUAUGGUAGUGAAGAAAUGACUUAACAAAAAUAAGGUGAAAAGUGUGAAAAUAAAAAAAUAAAAGUGAGAUUAUUUAAUGCAAUGUAGAGAAAUUAAAAGCAAACAACACACUGCAAUCUCAAUUUCAUCUCUUCACUCUCAGCACCAUCUGCCGGAUCCCUCGCACAAACCGAUUCCAGAUUCAAGAUUCAGAAUCUGAAAAGCAAUGGAUAAAGCUGAGAAAAACCCAGGGGCAUACGACAUCGUUUUGCAGGCAGCCAUGGUCCUCCUGAUGGUCUUCUCCUACUUCUUCAUGAACGACAUCCCCAAAAAGCUAUGGACCAAGCUCCGCACGCGCAACCGCGCCGACAUCCAAUCCAAGCGCCACUUCGUCGAAGGAGCCCAGCUCCUCGCCCGGGCCCGCUCCUCCAAGUCCCGGGCCCUCGCCAAGGAAGCCCAAGCCCGGGCCCAGCGCGCCAUCUCCCUCGACCCCACCGACGCCGCCCCCUACCUCCUCAAAGCCCUCGCCCUCGACUUCCAGGGCCUCCGCUCCGCCGCCCUCGACUCCAUCGACCAGGCCCUCUCCCCCCUCGCCGCCGCCUCCCUCUCCGACUCCGAGCGCGCCGACGCGCUCCUCAAGCGGGCCGAGUUGAGACUCGCCUCCAGUCAACGCGGCCGAGUCGACUCGGCCCUCGCCGAUUUGGAGGAGUCCGUCGAACUCAGCCCCAACAACGCCAAGGCCUUUUCCGCGCUGGGAGAGUGCUACGUGCGGAAGAAGAUGAACGACGACGCCGUUAGGGCUUACCGGCAAGCUCUCCAAUUGGAACCCCAAUUGCUUGCGGCGCAACAAGCCCUCCAAAGGUUGGAUUCUUCGCCCAACCUUAAUUGAGAUCUUAGAAACAAAUUCGUCCCGAAAUUUGGACCGCUUUUGGUGUUCUACUGUUACAGACUUACAGUUUCAUCUAUAAACGACGCUUUUGUAUUAACUGCUAUUUACAAAUUAUAAUCCACUCAUGCCAUUGGUAGCUUUACUUUCAGA